AUGAGACGAGAACAACUAGCAAUACAAAAAAAACAAAAGACAAUCAGAUUCAAUGCUUUACAAAAACAACGGUUGGAAGCGAAAAAACAGUUGAUACUAAAAUACAAAGCUGCAAUUGAUAAACAAAAUGAAGACGAAACAGAUUCCGAACGUGAAAACUAUGUUUUGCAGAAAUUUAAAGAUUUGCUUAUAAUGAAUGAACAAAACAAUAUAUCAGAGUAUGACUUUGUUGUCAUUGGCGGUGGAAGUGGUGGGCUUGCUGCUGCAAAAGAAGCCAGCUUGCUUAACGCAAAAGUAAUAUUAUUUGAUUAUGUUACUGAAUCUACACAGGGAACAAAAUGGGGUUUGGGUGGACUUGCAAAUCGUUUAUCUGCUUAUGCUCUAGGUUGGUCAUUCGAGUCUGUUUCAUUCAAUUGGUUGCGUUGCCGCGAGACUAUUACCAACUACAUUAAAAGCUUGAAUUUUUCAUAUCGUAACGGAUUACGAAACGCAGGAGUUACUUACGUCAACGCUUUAGCUUCGUUUUAUGACGAAAACACAAUAAUAUAUCAAAAGAAAGAUGAAAUUUUUUACGUUCGUUUCAAGUAUGCAUUAGUUGCCGUGGGGGGUCGCCCUUUCAUUCCAAAAAACAUCAAAGGUGCUUUGAAAUACGCAAUUACAAGUGACGACUUAUUUUGGACCAAAACUCCUCCAGGCAAAACUUUAGUUGUAGGUGGUUCUUACAUAGCAUUAGAAUGUGCUGGAUUUUUAAUGGAACUCGGUUAUGACGUUACAAUUUCAGUAAGAUCUGUAUUACUACGCGGUUUUGACAGGCAAUGUGCUGAAAAAUUAGGUUCGAUAAUGCAGCAGCUCGGCUGUACUUUCUUGAUGAAAGUGCUCCCCGUUAAAAUAGAUAAACUUGAAAAUGAAAAAUUAAUGGUAGAAUUCUCAGAUGGUUCAAAAGAAAUUUACGACACCGUGUUAUAUGCAGCUGGACGCAGAGCUCAGCUCGAAAAACUUAACUUGAAAAAAGCACACGUAGAUGUUUCCGGCGGAGAAGUAAACAAAAUCCGCGUCAAUAGUGAUGAUAGUACAUCUAACCCAAACAUUUUUGCUAUUGGUGACUGUGCACACGGACGGCCAGAGUUGACACCAACAGCAAUAAAAGCUGGAGAAACGUUGGCCCGACGACUCUUUAACGACUCUAACAUACUUAUGAAUUAUUCUUUAGUUCCAACCGUUGUGUUUACACCCAUCGAAUACGGGUGUGUUGGUUUCUCAGAGGAAAUGGCUUGUGAAGUGAUUGGAAAAGAGAAUGUCCAAGUUUAUCUUUCGGAAUUUAAAGGGGUGCUUUCUUCUGCAACGAAAUGGCCCAAGUUUGAAGAAUGCAGAUCUGACGAAUAUGACGAAGAAAUGGAACCGGAAAACCUUAGUAAACUCGUGAUCGACAAGAGAAACGGAAAAGUACUAGGAUUUCACUGCGUGGCCUUCAAUGCGGGUGAAACGACUCAUGGGUAUGCACUUGCUCUUAGCAAAGGUGUGACGAAGCAGGACUUCGACAACCUGAUUUGCAUUCACCCAACAGACGCGGAAAGUUUCCACAUACUAGACGUGGAGAAAUCUUCUGGUGUUUCUUGGGUCAAGUCAGGCAGCUGCGGAGGUGGAAAAUGUGGAUAA